ACUUCUUGACAGAACAAAUCUUUAGUUAACGCUAAUUUUUGUGCGUUUUUCGACAUUUUAACUGGAGCAAUGGAGAGCGACUGCACGAAUGACUGACUAGCCGACUGAGUUCACAGUCAUUUACGGAGGAUACGCGGCUGUCUUUGGACCUUAAUGCCAAGUUAAUCGAGCUGUUUCGUGUGCCAUGUGGGAGUAAAGCGUCCCAGGAGUGCCAUGCUAGCCACACAGAUGCCAGACACGCCACCUGAGGCUAAAGAUGUCAAACAGAUCAAAGAGAAAUUGGCGCAGUCGCUCAAGGCCCUGCAGAAGCGAUACGUAACGUCAGACACAGUGGUAACCAGCGAAGAUGGCGACGCUAACCUGCUCUGCUGUGCCCUGGAGGCCAUCUUUAUCCAUGGUAUCAAGAGCAAGUACAUCCGCUCGGAGUCUGGGGGUCGGACUAGGAAGGGAGACCGGGGCCCCCUCCCUCAGCCGUUCUUCUGGAGCCUCCUCAAGACCGUCACCCACCGUGAUGUCAUCACAGAACUAGAGAAGAUCAGCUUUGUGGGCACGGACGUGGGUCGCUGCCGCGCGUGGCUGCGGCUCGCCCUCAACCAUGGCCUGCUGGAGUGCUACCUUGCGUCGCUGUUUCGGGAGGACUCCGAGCUGCAGGCGCACUACCAACCCUGUGCCUUGCUCCUGAACACUGAGGAGCGGGAAGUUCUGCUCAGCUACCUCCAGGGUCUGGCCUCACUUACAUUCAACCUGUCUUACAAGUCAGCUGUUCUCAACGAAUGGACCACCACGCCCUUAUCUCUCGCUGGACUCUGCCCCUUCUUGCAGACAGAUGCACUCGACCUGCCCCUUAACGGUGGGGAUCAUCCCACCUCCAAGUCCACAUGCAAGGAAUCCUGGGACACGGUGUCUCAGUCGUCGGGCUCAUCUGAUGCUCUGGAUAUGCAGAGAGGGUGCCCAGUGUUGUUGGUCGGGAGGGGAUCAAAUACUUUACAAGGGGGUAGGACUGCACUCAACUCAUCUAAUUUAAGCCUGGACACCACAGGCUCCUCUCAGCUCUCCUCCAGCUUGAGCUCUGACAGCCUCCUGCAGGGGCAGGACCCCCGCAGCCCGACAGGAGAGCAGUGGUCCUCGUGUGACCUGGACCUGCCCAUUAAUGUCAACAUCAGCAGCAAGAGGCCACAGAAAGAUUUACUGACUGAGUUCCGUGAGAGCAGGCACUGCAGUCAGGACUCCAUGCGUGAGGACUCCUUUGUCUCAAGCACGGGUCCGGAUCAGUUCUCAGAAACGGCCGUUUUCAGUGGCUCGGAAAGUGAAACCCAGGGUCCUGUCACGCCAUCCCAAGACUUUGCAAACCAGUCCCCAGACUCUGCACUUUCCGAUUCAGAGCCACCACCAACCUCCCUCGAGCUGCCGUCGUCUGACGAGCACCAUGUUAACCACGCCCCCUCAAAGGUGUGUGAUGAUGCCUCUAGUGAGUUCCGCUCGGACACUGAGGUGAUCUCCACAGUGAGUGAGCCUGUGGAGUUUGUGCAGCCUGUAAAGGAAGUAAAUGUGGAGAGGAGCGAGCCUGUCCGGAAAGAGAGGGAAGCAGAAAGCUCUGAGAAGAGCACCACAGACUCUUCUGUCCACCCAGGGCCACGACGCUCCGCCAGCAUCCUCAGCAGGCAGUUGUCCUCAGAUUCUAUAUCACAUUCCCGUUCCUGGAUCUCUGAGGAUGAUAUCUACAAGCCCCAUCUGGAGGAGGUGUCGGACAACGAUGAGACGCCCCCUCCUGCUCCUACACCCGAGCCCAAGGUCUCCCAGUCACCUCCCAGUGUCGUCCAUCGCAGGCAAAUAGGGCUGUCCAACCCAUCUCGUGGCUUGCUGAAGCUUGGUCAUCUAGAGAGACGAGGUGCAAUGGGAAUGUGGCGCGACUACUACUGCGAGCUGUCGCCGUUCGAGUUCCGUCUGUAUUUCAAUGCAGAGGAGCGGAUGUGCUGCAACAACUGCUCCCUGGUGCGAUGUGAGGAGGCUCGCAUCACCUCACCCGAGGGCCGCUUCGAGUUGGCCUUCCCGGGGAAGCGACUGUACCUCAGAGCGGCCAAUCAUGGCGAAGCUGAGGACUGGGUGGACCGGAUAGUCGAGGCAGUCAACAAAUGUCGUCCGGCGUCUUGUGUUGAUGAGCAGUGGGAGGUGCUGCAACCAUCCAGUGAGAACGGUGUAGAUGAACGCACAUUUUCAUCCCCGUCCUCGACCCCUUCCAGCCCUGAGAAAAGCUUAUCAUCUACCAUCACGGGGACAUGCGCAGGGCUGGAGGCACCUCCUCUUCACCAGGAGUUGGACUGGACUCGGACUGCUGAUUUGGAAACAGACGCCAUCAAAGAAGCCGUUUUAUACUUCUCUACAGAUCCUGAGGCUCGGACAUGGGUACCUCUGAUCUUCUCCCUCUCCUUGGAGGCCUUGAAAGGCUUCCGGAUACAAGGGGGGAGAAAGUUUCUGCAGCUCACCCAUCCCAUUGAGGAAAUCCGGGACGUGGUGCCUGAUGUCUCCCUGGGAGGACCGGCCUUUUUCAAACUCUUGACGGUGAGGAACACGCUUAGACUCAGGGCGGAGAACCCAGAAGAGGCUCGCUCGUGGAGGGCUUUGAUCCGUGGAGCUCUGGACUCUUACCUGGAGAGCGGAGAAGAUGAGGGCUCUGAGGAAUCAGCUGCAGCACACAUGGGGGUGACUGGAAAUCUCUACAGACUGGUGCAGCACAAACUAAAAGAAAAUGGAGCACUUCUAGUUCAUCUUUGCACCGUGCCCUCGGAGAAGGGUCUGGACACUCAGAGCUUCAAAUGUGCAGGGUGUCCUCAGCAGAUUGGCCCGUCCCGGAGCAGAGCCAGGUUGUGUGAGUUCUCGGGCCAGUACUACUGUGACUCCUGUCACCACGGUGACACUUCCAUCAUCCCUUCACGCAUGGUGCACAACUGGGACCUCACACAACGAGAAGUGUCUAAGAAGGCCCUGCGGCUGCUUGCUCAGGUGCAACAGGAGCCUCUUCUGAACCUGGAGCACUUAAACCCUGAGUUAGUGAGACACGCAGAGUCUAUGGCUCAGGCCCACGAACUACGACAGAAGCUACGUCUGCUGGGCGACUACCUGCUCACCUGCCGCAGCGGAGCCUACAAGAAACUCCAGGCCAGAAUGGGGCAGCGAACGUACCUGUUGGAAUCGAGCCACCUGUACAGUGUCGCAGACCUACGACAGAUAGCAGACGGCCAAUAUGCACCAUACCUGACGACGCUGACACAGUUUGCCUCCAACCACGUGUUUCACUGUGACCUGUGCACUCAGCGUGGCUUCAUUUGCCAGAUAUGCCAUGCUGAUGACACCAUCUUCCCCUUUCAGUUUGAUAGCACCACCAGGUGUAAAGAUUGUAAAGCCGUGUUUCACCUGGUUUGUAAGGCUCCCGAGGGGUCGUGCCCUCGCUGUCUACGAAUGAAGAAAUACCUGGAGAGGGAUCUUAAGGAGGACUGAGGGCAGGCAGCAAGACGGCGAUGAGGGAAGGGGAGAAAAAAAUAAUGGAAACCUAAAAACAAAAUCUAGCUUUUACAUGAAGUAACCUCAAGUGCAAUUAUGAGCGCAAUUAACCUGCACUAACUGACCAUAAAACUGAAGACGAACGUGUAGGAGCCACAGUGCUACAGUAGCUAGACUCUCUUGCGCUAAUUUAGAGGUGCGUCGAGCCCCGUGAUGCUGACACAUUGCAGCCAAAUGUUACUGACUUCAAUACCUCUCUGAAUUCUGAUUCAGCCACGGCAUCAAAAAGGAAGGACAGGACACCGGUGACGGUUGCUGCCAAGAAGUGGAUCCAGUACAUUUUCAUGUUGUGGGUUUUUUUUUUUUUUCUUCUUUUUUACUUUGUUUCUUAUUGUGACAGAUACAUUCUUAAGCAUCAUGUUUACCAGAAAUGCUCUAUCCUGCAUUUUUCUUGGAUGCACAAAGAAAAGUGGCAUAUUUAAAUGUAACACAGCAGUGAGACUGGGUACUGUACACGCAGAAUAAUAAAAACAGCACUUGAAAUGUUCUAAUUAACACAUUUUGAUUGUGCCUUCGUUUUAAUUUAAGCUUUACACUAUGUUCCUCUUGGUUUGUCCCUUUGACAGGGUCAAAAAGCAUCACAUAGGCUGUUUUUUUUUCUUUUAUUAAAUUGCCGGAACCAUAAAGUGAAAUAACACUGAUUGAUACAGAUGCUCUGAUUUGUAGAAAUCUGUCACCAAGAAGACUUUGUGGAAUGUUUCUUGUAGUAUAUAACUCAAGUUUAUUUAAACUUACAAUCAGGCAUUGGUUUGUAUGAUUUAAGAUCCAGCUUUGUUUUCCUAAAGGUUCCGAGGGAGUAAAUAAAUUAUAAACAUGUUGGUGCAAAUUAAGAUUUUUUUGGGGGGGGGGGUUAUUAUUGGAUUUCACAAUGAUUCUGAAGUCAAAACAUAUUUUGCACAUUUGCACGUAGCUAUGACUGUUAUGGAUAUUUCAGUUGUAAUAUCCUCCAGCACAUGAAAUUACCCCUAAACUAAGUAAGAAACCCACGUUUCAUUUUCACCUCUUCAAAUAUUUCAUUCUGUAGAGUUAAACUCUAUUUGAGAUUCAUUUUUGCAGAGAACAAAAAAAAAAAA